GAUGGGAUGAUUCCCUGCGUCUUCUCUCAAUCAAGGCUUUAAUCUAUCCCACGUAGUGCUCCAGAUCAAUAUGGGUGCAGGUCUUUUGGUUUCUGUUGAUCCAGAGGCGAUCUCAGGGUCUAAUACCCAAGGUCUCACUCUCGAUCAAGUCGCCUACUUCGGCAAGUGCCUGGUCGAAAUUACCCCCGAGAACCUCGAACCGAACCUCGCUUUCCUGCGGCAGAAUUUCUCGAAGCUCGCCAUAUAUUUCGACGUGCGUAAAUUGAAAAGCUGGGACAGCGUGAUAGAUGUCCUCAACAAUGGGGCUUCUAAAAUAUUUGUUACCUUCGAACAGCUCAAGGUUCUGUCGCAAGAACAGACUAUCUCUCCCGACCGCCUCAUCCUUACCAUCUCUCUUGUCAACCCGCAAACCGACUUAACCAAGCUGAAAGCUUUCCUCGAAGGGAACCCCAAGUGGAAGACUACUGAAUGGGCUUUUGAUGGUGGCAAGGGCAACGAACAUCUUGACGAGGUCUUGAAAGAUGUUGGCAAUUAUCCUCCGAGCCAGGACCAAACGAUAUAUGUCAGGGUUACCAGUGAAAGCGAAGGCACAAGUGUCCUUCACGAAUACCCUGGUAAUGCCUUGAUUAUUUCAUCCAAGGCUUUGACGUUUACUCCGCCCAAGGAAGAUGAGAAGCUCAUUCCUGCGGUUGAACUCGUCCUUGCAGGAGCUACGCCGGACCGAAAGACAGGGCUGUAUGCAACUGUGGUGGUUGACGAGCGUGAUGUUGCGUUAGGUCUUGUCUGGAGCAGCAAGGAGAGUAUUGCAGAAGCACUCAAGACUGGGACGGGUGUCUAUCAAAGCCGCAAGCGAGGUCUGUGGCACAAGGGCGCCUCCAGCGGAGACACCCAAGAGCUCAUCAGUAUCGGUUUCGAUUGCGACAAAGACUGCUUGAUCUUCAGAGUCCAUCAGAAGGGCCGAGGGUUCUGCCAUCUCGGUACAAUGUCAUGCUGGGGGAGGACCUCGGGUCUGUCGCGACUGCAGAGAACUCUUCAAGAGAGAAAGGUGGACGCUCCAGCUGGUUCGUACACUGCACGACUAUUCAACGAUCCCAAGUUGGUCAACGCAAAGAUCAAAGAAGAGGCGGACGAAUUGUGCGAGGCCGCAACGAAGGAAGAAAUUGCGUCGGAGGCAGCGGACCUACUCUACUUUGCCCUGACUCGGUGUAUUGCUGCCGAUGUUACUUUGGAAGACAUUGAGAGGAACCUUGACCUCAAGAAUCUGAAGGUCAAGCGAAGAAAGGGUGAUGCCAAACCGCAGUAUGUCGAAGAGAAGCCAGUUCAAGAUGAAUCGAAACAAGCCACUUCUAAUGGUAUUGCUGGCCAACAAGAUGAAGAGGUGAAGGAAGCUGUAUCAAUACCAAAACAACCAUCAGAUCCUGCUGGUAAGACAGAGUCGGGACGGAUACAGCUCAAGCGCUACUCAACCUCGCAGGCAUUCUCAGAUGAUGUUCUCAAGUCAGCCUUGCAGCGGCCGUCUCAAAAGUCAAACGAGAAGAUCAUGUCUCUUGUCCAUCCGAUUAUUGCUGAUGUCCGCUCCAACGGCGACGCCGCUGUUUUAAAGUACACCCAUAAAUUCGAAAAGGCCACGUCCCUCAAAUCACCCGUGCUGAAAGCGCCGUUCCCAGAUUCACUUAUGCAACUACCUGAGGAGACUAUCAAGGCCAUCAACACUUCUUAUGACAAUAUCCUCAAAUUUCACUCGGCCCAGAAACCAACCUCGGAUUUGGUGGUCGAAACAAUGCCGGGUGUUACUUGUUCUCGGUUCUCGCGUCCGAUCGAAAAGGUUGGUCUCUACAUUCCAGGUGGAACGGCAGUGCUACCGUCUACAGCCUUAAUGCUGGGUGUUCCUGCUAUGGCUGCAGGGUGCAAGAACAUUGUCUUAGCAUCACCUCCACGAUCAGAUGGUACCAUUACACCGGAGAUUGUAUACAUUGCUCACAAGGUCGGGGCGGAAGCUAUCGUCCUUGCGGGUGGUGCUCAGGCGGUUGCAGCAAUGGCAUAUGGUACUCAAUCCAUCACCAAGGUCGACAAGAUCCUCGGUCCUGGAAAUCAAUUCGUCACUGCUGCGAAGAUGAUCGUCAGCAAUGACACAUCGGCCGCUGUGUCAAUUGACAUGCCUGCUGGGCCAUCUGAAGUCCUCGUGAUUGCUGAUAAGACGGCAGAUCCAGCAUUUGUUGCGAGUGAUCUUUUGAGUCAAGCAGAGCACGGAACGGAUAGCCAGGUCGUACUUAUCGCCAUCGACCUGAGUCAAGACGAGCUCCAAGCAAUCGAGGAUGAACUCCACAAACAAGCGCAUGAGCUUCCUCGGGUCGACAUUGUUCGAGGUGCAAUUGAGCAUAGUGUUACCAUUUCAGUUCCGGACUUGGAAGAAGCGCUCAAGUGGUCGAAUUACUAUGCACCCGAGCAUUUGAUCCUGCAAAUAUCCAACCCGCGAUCUGUUCUUCCGCUCGUUCAGAAUGCUGGUUCUGUCUUCAUCGGUGGCUGGACACCUGAAUCUGUAGGUGAUUACUCUGCAGGCGUCAACCAUAGCUUGCCCACGUAUGGGUAUGCUCGACAAUAUAGUGGUGUCAACUUGGGAAGUUUCAUGAAGAACAUCACGAGUAGUGAAGUUAGCGAACAAGGUGUCGGCCAGGUUGGAUACGCUGUCGUGGAGCUUGCUCGAUGCGAAGGCCUCGAUGCGCAUAAACGGGCAAUGGAAUUGAGGAUGGAAAAGCUGGGUUUGAUGGAAAAGAAGCAGUCGUAAAGAGACAACCAUAGUAUAUUAGACGCAAUAGACUCGAGCAUAGACGCAAGAUUUUCAUGGGGCAUGGCUUUUCGGUUGAAUUUUCUGCAAUACAACCAUCGGAGACACUAG